AUGAACGAUUUGUUUGUCUGUGUUCAGUGUGACCAGGCGUUUACCCACCAAGAUAACACUGAGACGUCGUGUUGUUACCAUCCAGGGGAUCUUGAUGUUGAUAACACGGGGAAUUCCUGGGCGGAUCAUGAUGAGGAUUGCCAUGGGGAGAUUGAUACGCCUGAGAUGAGAGAGGAGAUGCCCGACGGAUUCCGCUGGACGUGCUGUGACAAAUUGGGUGGACGAAAAGGCUGCACCAAGGGAAAGCAUCAAGCUGAUGCAGCAAAGUCACGGAGGGGUGGAAAUGUUCCGUUUGGCGGUGACCUGAGGAAGAACAAUGGUUCACAUUACCCAGUUUCAGACGAGGACACUGAAGAGGAGGAAGAAGGCGACGAGGAGUAUUGA